AUGUCCUGCUACGACCUCUGCGCCCCAAACUCCGGCAUCAGCUGCCCCCAGCCCAUCGCCGAGAGCUCCAACGAGCCGUGUGUGCAGCAGUGUCCUGACUCCAGAGCCCUGAUCCUGCCCCCGCCGGUGGUGGUGACCAUCCCGGGCCCUGUGCUCAGCACCUUCCCCCAGGAGAGCGUUGUGGGAUCGUCGGGCCCAGCCUUGCCGGGGCGUUCCUUCAGUUCCCGCAGCUCCCAGGGCUACGGGGGCUCCUUUGGGCUGGGAGGUUCAGGGGGUUAUGGGGGUCCCCUGGCCUUGGGGGGCUCCUCUGGCUAUGGGGGCUCCUUUGGGUCUGGAGGUUAUGGGAGCUCCGCUGGCUAUGGGGGCUCCUUUGGGUCUGGAGGUUAUGGGAGCUCCCUUGGCUAUGGGGGCUAUGGGAGCUCCCGGGGCUAUGGGGGUUUCUCAGGCUAUGGGGGCUCCCUCGGGGGCUAUGGGGGCUCCUUUGGCCUGGGAAGCUGUGGGGGCUAUGGGGGCUCCCAGGGCUAUGGGGGCUCCCUUGGCUACGGCCGUUCCCUGGGUUAUGGAGGCUCCCUUGGGGGCUAUGGGGGCUCCCUUGGGGGCUAUGGGGGCUCCUUUGGCAAUUGUGGGAGGUCCUACAGCUCCGGCUUCUCCUCACGGGGCCUGGGCUAUUCCCUGCCUGGCUCCCAGAGAUGGAGCAGGUCCCGCCGCGGGAGCUGUGGGGUUUUCUAA